UUCGCCUCGUUGCACGCAACGCGCGUUUCUCGUUUUCGGUUAUCAUCUGAGUUUUCCUGUCUGUAUUCUGCCCUUCGACCGACCGACCCACCGACAAACCCUCCGACCGGCCACGGACUGACUGAUAAGAUUUGCGGACCGAUUUCCGACUUUGCUACCGGGCAGAAUGUCCAACGCAAGGAAUCGCCGACACAGAAGAGACCGCACGGACGCGCAGUACGCAGCGGCAAUGAUGAGGCGACAGCGUGUGCUGCGGGACCGCCUGAACCCCUUUGAGGAUUUCGACGAGGAUGGGCUGCAGCAACGGUUCCGAUUUGGAAGAGCGGGCAUAAUGUUUCUCGCCGACACACUGCGUCCGGACUUGGAGCGCCGUACACGUCGUAGCCGCGCCCUCUCUGCGGAGCAGCAAGUGAUCAUCGCCUUGCAGUUCUACGCAACUGGGAACUUUCUGAUCACUGCAGGCGACUACAUCCGCGUGCAUGUGUCAAGUGCUUCACGGGCUGUGAGGCAAGUCACCGUAGCGCUGGCUCGUCGAGCACAAGACUUCAUACGAUGGCCUGACGCUGCGGAGGGGGCAGCCUUGCAGCACAAGUUCUACGACAUGGCCGGCUUUCCUUUGGUCGUGGGUGCUGUUGACGGUACCCAUGUCCGGAUCCAGGCACCCCAUGUGCACGAGGAGGCGUACGUCAACCGCCAUGGAUACCAUUCCAUCAACGUACAGGUGGUCGUUGACGCCUCUUCUCGGAUUCGCAACGUGGUUGCAAGGUGGCCUGGAAGCACCCACGACUCUCGGAUCUUCACGGAGAGCACCUUGGCAGUCAAGCUGGCCAGUGGAGAGUACGACGGCCUGCUGCUUGGUGACAGCGGCUACUCCUGUCAACCUUGGCUGAUGACGCCAUUCCUGUCGCCGUCAUCAGCAGCCGAGGUCGCAUACAAUACGGCACACACGACGACAAGAAGCAUUGUUGAACGGACAAUCGGCCAACUCAAGCGGAGGUUCCAUUGCCUUCACGCUGAGCUCCGAAUGGCUCCAGAACGGUGCUGCGACAUCAUUGUCGCGUGCUGUGCCCUCCACAACCUGGCCAAGAGGUACCCCUGCAGGACACCCGUGGCCGCCAUCCCCGCUGAGGUUCCCGUUGAGCCCGUAGCAGCCAACCGUGCUGAGAGCAACGAGGCCCGAGACUUUAUUGUCAACCAUUUCUUCGGCUAAGUAUCCUGCUGUCGCUCGGCCCUUCUCUGGUACUGCUGUGCAGCCUCACGGGUCCAGCGCUGGUUGUGCUGCACAACAGGAGAGGCCAGUGUUCU